GGAAUGAAGGUGCAGGAGCCGGCAGAGGAGAGUAGCUGCACCAGCAAGACGACCGGAAGGAACGGGGGAUCCAACAAGCAGACAGGCAUGUACAAGGAAACAGUGGAGCGCAUCCUCGUGAAAACAGGAAAAAAAAAGGGUGAUGCAAGAUGGGGGUAGGAAUUUUCCUUUAUCCAUAUACUUGGCAUGAAGCUCCGGUCUUAAGCCCAUUUCUUCAAGAAUGGAUCUCAAAUGUCUUCCAGCAGACGGAUCACUAUGACUAACGCUUCAAGAUUUCCUACCACAUGAAUCAUGGAAAUGUGACGCCGAAAUCUUGGCCUUAGAGUUAUGAGCUUUGUAGAUGUCGAGCACCUGCUAAACGAAUGGGAGAUUCAGUGCCUGAUACUCGUAAGCUUUGCCCUCCAAGUAUUCCUCUUCUUCGCCGCAGGCAUCCGGCAGCGCAGCUCCUCGCGCCUCGUCGGCGUGCUCGUAUGGUUGGCCUACUUAUCGGCAGACGCCGUGGCCAUAUUCGUGCUGGGCCACCUGGCCGUCCACGCGGGUGGCCCCAGCCACCAGCUCGUCUUCCUCUGGCCGCCGUUCGUCCUCCUCCACCUGGGCGGGCAGGACACUAUCACGGCCUUCUCCAUGCAAGACAACGAGCUGUGGAGGCGCCACCUGCUGACCUUCGCUCAGCAGGUGGCCUUGGCAGUCUACGACGUCACCAAGUCGCCAUGGCCGGACCGUCGGCUCCUCGCCACCGUGAUGCUCAUGUUCCUCUCCGGCUGCAUCAAAUACGCCGAGCGCACCGUCUGCCUCGCCACGGCCAGAUCGUCGCGCCUCAUGGAUGACUUUCUCGGCGGCUUCAAAGACCGGAUCAACUCCAUCAAGGAAAUGCAGACUAUCGCGAGGGAAGGCGGCCUCGGGUCGUCGCGCUACCUGAGCAGUCGUGCCUUCACCAAGUUCUCGCUGAACCCCGCCAUGGACGUCAUGUCGACGGAUAUCCUGCCCAACUACGACUGGUCCGUCUCCCGCGACAUCUUCGCGGACCUCUACUCCAAGAUCAGUCGGCUUGACCGUUCCGGGCAGGAAGACUACUUCCGCCAGACGUACAGGUUCGCCGAGGAGAGGCUCUUCGUCUGCUACCAGCGCCUCUACACCAAGGCCCUGUUCCGCCUGUCUGCGCUGGGAGCGUUUCUCCAUCUCGUCACGUUCCUCUCGACCUCCGCCGCCACGGUGCUCUUCUAUUUCGCCGUGAGUGGGGGUCAAGCCCGGCAAACCUACGGCUCGGCCGACGUCGUCGUGACCUACGUGCUGCUCUCAGGCGCCGUCACCCUGGAGAUGUCGUCUUUCAUCUUGUCCAUGUUUACCCGCCAAGAUCUCUGGAGCCACCCAGUGCUCUGUUCCUGCAUCCAGCAUCGCCGCAUCAUCAAGUUCGUGUUCUUCCUGACCUGCGGGAAUUGUGCUGCCAUGCUGAGGAGGUGGAGGCCGCCGCGGCAUUGGUCGGUGAAGCUGGCGCAGUACAGCAUAAUAGGGCGAUCGGCCCAGGAGGCCUCCAGCGGGUCGCUGGUGCCCCGAUGCAUCGCUAAGCGGGUCACGGCGGCAACGAAGCCCGUUCCCGUCACCGAUGGCCUCAAGCUGUUCAUCAUUGAGAAACUGCUCGAUGCCGACGCCAUGCUAACGGACACAGACUUCACCGGCUCCCGUGGCGAGCUGGCGCUGACGAAGUGGAUGGGGAGCCUGGAGGUUCGUGCUGGGGUGACUGAGAUCCUGCGCGAGAGCCUCAAGGACGUGGAUUUCCCGACCAGCGUGCUCCUCUGGCAUAUCGCCACCGACAUAUGCUUCUUCAAAGCCGCUGCCGCAACUGCUGCACAUGUUAAUCCAGCUGAUAAGGAGAAGAAGAUCAUUAGCAGGCAGCUUUCAAAUUACAUCAUGUAUCUUGUCUUCAAGUGCGGCGUGAUGCGCACCAGUGCCUCCCAAUUCCUACUUCUCAAAGCCCACGACGAAGUCCUCCAUCAUAUCAACGCUGGAAAAGAACAACGGCAACAGCACGGCGAUCGUGAACCGGAGGAGGGGAAGAGAGGCCAUCAGCAGGAGGAGGAGGCCAUGGAGUGCUUGUUGAGAUCGGGCCUGUUGGAACGCAGCUCGCAAGAUCUCGCUGCAGCCAACGCGGCGCCGUUCAACUCCAGCAGCAUCGAGAUUCUCAGCGACGUGGUUCUGCCGCGCGCGUUCAAGGUGGCCGCGGCGCUGGAUAGUAUCCGGGGCCGGCAAGGAGAUCACGCGGCCAGCCCUUGGGACCUGAUCGCCGCCGUGUGGUUGGAGAUGCUCUACUACGUCGGUCCACGGUGUGGCGCGGCGUUCCAUCGUCAGCAUCUCACUACCGGCGGGGAGCUCGUCACGCACGUCCUCGUCCUCAUGUAUAUCGUAGGGCCCCUUGGCUACCAUCCCGACAUGCUUAAGAAAACUUCCGAGCGUGGUUUGUACAUACCCUACUAAUACCCCCGCGCGCUACAGCAGAACGCGCUGCUGGAGUUCGUGAGGGUGGUGGAGGCCAAGGAGCAGGUGGUGGCCGGCACGCUGCACCACCUCACGCUCGAGGCCAUCGAAGCGGGCAGCAAGAAGGUCUACGAGGCCAAGGUCUGGG